GACGAAGUUCAGGUUCAGCUGUUUGCAAACAAAAAGCCUCAUAGACCUUGUGUUGACCACCAUGACCUUUACUUGACUACUCAGUACUCAGUGUUGAGUAUUACUGUUUCGCCUAAUUCCUUUCAACUUGUUCUUUAUUACGACAAGGCUCAUGAUGAAUUCUGAUAUGAACAUUCCUACCGCAGUGUAUGCGUCGUCCUCGAGAGACACUUCAUGCAUUGCACGUCUUCCGAACGAGCUGCUUGAGAAGGUCUUCAUAUGUCUUCGGGAAGAAUUGCUUUACGGGGAACCGACUUACGGGUGUAGGACAUCUCACUCCUGGGCAAGCGUCUGCCACGUAUGUAGACAUUGGAACCAAGUCGCAACACAAUGCAGCGCCUUCUGGUCCCACAUCAUAAGCGUUCCUUGGCAUGAUAGCUCUGCAACCUACAUGGAGGAGAUGCUUCGGAGGAGCAAGCAACACCCGCUUUCCAUACACGUUAGCUCGCAGUCACGGGCAACUUGCCUGGAGCUGUUGGAGACGUAUGAUGCAUGCCAACGGCUCGCCGUGGCAACGUUCAGUCUCAAUUAUAACAUCCCGGUGAAUGCCCGCUACCAGGAGCUCGUUAAGCGGCACGCCAGCCUCGACGCACCGGCUUUGCAGGAACUCACGUUGACCUAUGAUUGGCCACGUUUGGGUGCCCUUGGGCCUCAUCAACCUAAGCGAAGAAUUCCUUUCUCCUUGGGAAAUCUCCCUCGCAUCUGGAGGCUCAAUGUCUCUCGUGCACCCCUUUCAGAAAUACAGUUUUUCUUCCGUUCCACGAUAACUCACCUCAGUAUGACUCACCUUCUCGAGCGAAUUCCAACGGAACGGCUCUUUGACGUGCUGAAUGCAAUGCCACUCCUGGAAGAUCUCAUGCUCCAGAACGCAUUAAGUUCCUUCAAUGAACGAAAUGCACAAAAGCAUUGUUUCAACUAUCUUCGCCGCCUUUCAUUGACCGAUUCCACCGAGAGCAUCGCAAAUUAUCUUCUAUGCUUCUCAUUUCCUCCCUCCUCCUUACGUUUUGUGGAGAUAGCGUGCGAGCCAUUGACUUGCGAUAAAUGGCAGGACAGGACGAUAUUGGCCAAACGUCUCCCAGCCAUUGCUGACCAGUUUCGUGGCGGUCUUGCCGAACCUCUCCGCUCAUUCUCCAUCCGUCACCGAGAACUUCCAAAUAGCCAGAUUGAAAUUUCAGGAUGGUCCGCCCCCACUUUUCCCACUUAUCAAGCCAUGAUAUCUCCAAGCAUCAACCUGAAAAUGCUGGAAUGCGAUGGGGUUGAUCCCGUCCAGCUAAUGACCACAGUAUUGGAUGAAGUCUCUUUGAAGGACGUUCGCACUUUAUCCUUUGGAAAUUUAGACCUCCCACACAGCCUGAAGGAACGUCGUACCCGAAGACCACCCUUUGCGCUCUCGCUCAAAGAGCAUGGCGAAGUGUUUUGCAGAUUCUCGUCCGUGGAGAACCUCGUUGUCGACCUGGACAUUGGAAAACAUCUGCGAGAUCCCUUAAUGAUCAAGUAUCCUUUGGAUUGGGACGAGAUUAGACUAAAAUUGCCAGGCAAAUAUGAAAACGAGGAAUUGGAAACAACCCUCAACGCGAGAAAUGAUGGCUUGGAUAGGAUAAAGUCUUCAGAGGGACGUUGUUUCUUGUUCCCUUCUUUGAAGACGCUGACAAUUCAAUGGCAACAAAACAAUCCAAGACUGCGAGACGAGACUAUAGAUGGACUACGGAAACGUUUCAUGGAGGUUUGCAUGGUCCGGGACCACGAAUUUGAACUUCGUCUCGACCCAUUGCCUGGAACAGUACGAGAUUUUGAUUUCUGGUAAAUCGAUGUGUUAUGUUGUCAACGUAUUUUCCCUGCCUUUGGUUUGUAAUCUGAGUAAUUAGAGCAAAUAAUAAUGACCAACUCCCGGAUCGACGUGAGAACC